AUGGGACGUCAGGUACGAGCAGACGAUGUGGUUCGUAGUACAGAUACUACCGAAGAAAUUCAAGUCGAGACAUCCGACAUCUCAAAUAAAUUUAAAUUUUUUGAGACAUAUAAAGAACCGGAGAAAGAAAGAAAGCAGUUCAGAAUAACGCCACCACGUGAUGGACAAGUUAAGGUUUGUGUGCGACAGGGCGAUGAGUACGCGAUGGAAGACCACGUCCUAUCCCUGACGGAAGCAUGUACUGCGCCAUUAAAUUCAAUACAGGCACCCAGGAACUCCCAGUAG